AUGCUGGAAAAAAUUAAGAGAGAAAAGCCUGUAAAAGUAAGAAAACAUGUUAGUAGUGCUUGUUUGGAGUGCAGAAGACGACACUUUAAAUGUGACGGUAAACAACCAGUGUGCGAUCGAUGUCAAAAAUCAAACAAACCAUGCCAAUAUGUUGCAAGUCAUCGAGGCGGAUCCAGGAAGAAAGGUGUGUCAACAAAAAAGAAACCUGUUACCGUAAAUGAUAUAAACCAAGGUCCAGAAAUGCCCAUGUUCGUCGCAGACAUAGAAGACUUUGGUAAAUCGAAAUCAACUGAAAAUUCUGCCAAUGACGGAAACGAAAUAAAGAGUAAUGAUGAGAUGCUUGAGAAAUUAAUGACUUUGCCUUGUGCACAUGAUCAAAAUCGAUGUCAGGAUCUGAAUUGCCCAGGGAAAAGUGCUGUUAGGUAUAUGAAAUCUCGACCAGAAAAACGUGGACAAUUAAAUGAGAGUGAGACACACAUGAUGGAAACUUUAAGAAAAAGAAUAAAGUUAGAGAGUACAAUGAGCAACAUUGAUUGUCUCUUUAGUGAUAAUAAUCCACCAAUAGAUAUCAGGUCAUUCAAGGAAUUGGAAAUGACCACUGCAGUUCAUGAUCCGAGCAAUUAUGUGGAUCUUACAGUACUAGACAAAGACGUGAUACUAAAGAAUUACUACGAGACAUUUCACAAAGCCCACCCCAUUUUGCCCGCAAGGGAAGAAAUGUUGAUAUACAUGUCAAAUCUGUCUAUUGAAAAAGAACUAUUACCUAUCCUAAGUAUAGUGAGUGAUGGUGAGACGACGUCUGUUUAUGCUCGAGCUAUUGAUUUGGUCUCAGAUAGAUUGAUCCAGUGUGUCGAAGUUGUGAAAAGCUUUGGAUAUAUUGAUAUUGUUUCACUCCAGGUUUUGACACUUGUUUCCUUUGUUGCUCAUGUUUCUUCAUUACACGCAUUAAGCAAAAAUUUGAGGCAUUUCUGUAUAUAUUUACUUCAAGACCUCCAAAUCAAUUUGUUGGAUGCUCCUUCAAAGCACGGUUCUAACGACAUGACCCCGGAGUCGGAAACUAAUGCUCCCCUUAAAGUAUUCAACUCGCCUAGGUUGUCACACGUGUCAAGAGAUAGUAUUGAUCAAUGUGCUCGUAGACUAUUUUGGGAAUUAAAUUUUGUUGAUAUUAUUACCGGGUCUGCUGAUGGGAAAACAGUUUCUUCCUUUGACAAAAUUGAGAGUUUUGUUGAUUUUCCUACUGUGCCACUGCGGGAUGAAUUUGACUACAAAGGGCGCUCGGAGGCAGGUACAUUGGUUACAAACGCAGUGAAGAUGAAUAUAGAGAUUACCAAUAAGAGACCAUAUGAUAUUCUUCUAACAAGAUUGCAAGCUUCUUUAUCAAGUUGGGAAAUGAGACUAGAGGACCCGUCGUUAUUCGAAGCACCGCCAUUGAUUGACAAGAGCGGAAGAGUAAAUGAAGGAGUUCACCAAGCCAUCUUACUAUUUAACUACGCAAAGAUCUUUGUUCACAGGCCCUUUUCUUAUCUUUGGAAGAUCAAUUCACCGCAACAUCCAAAAUGCAACGGCGAGGCAGUAGACUCGACAAAUGUUCCACCGCAACUUCAAGCAAAUUCGCGAACGACUAUUGAAACUAGGAAAACUAUUGAAGGUGCAAACUCGAUUGUCCAGGUUCUUAUGGACACUGGUGCGUCCAAAGUUUUUCAAAGAACACAUUUUUUUGCUUGUGCUUUGGCAUUAUCUUCGUUGGUUCAUCUAAGUGCAUAUAUUUGGGUCGAGACGACGUUAGCAGUGGAUAAAGCUCAAGCUUUUGGGUUGAAUGAAGAAGAUUUGGAUGUUUACACUGAGUAUAUAAAACUAGCUUUGACUGCAAUUUAUCCCAUUUCCAAGCAUUGGCAAUUAUCUGGCAAGUUGGCAAAACAUAUUCGUGACUCCUUGACCACAUUACGACCGAAACUAUACUCAAAAUUAAAGGAUUUUUUGCCGCAAUUAGAAAUUGGUAUGGAAAAAAUGAAGAUUCGUGAAGGUGACUCUACUGGUGAAGAUUCAAGUAGAAGUCUGGCACUACCCAUGAAUGCAGUGAGUAGUUCUACUACAACCACAAACUACGACGGUCUACAGAGCCAAGAUAACAAUAAUUCCACCUUGCUGAAUCGUCAAAGUGCACUUGAUAUACAUGAUGGUGCAAUUCCUGGUGACAACAUCAGUGGUCUGUAUGACUUUGAAAAUUUGUCAUGGGAGCCAGUAUCACCAAUUUCGCCAUCAGGUUGUGAUUGGAUUGACAAGGGUUUGUUAGACUUUAAUUUUGAUCCUUUUCCUUCCACUUUAUAG